AUGGUUCUGGGGUCUUUUGCACCUAGGGACAUGCAUGUCAGCCUUGCGCACGAGGCUACCACAUGGUCCCAUGUCCGGGCCAUUCCCAUUCCUGCUCCCACAGCUUUCCCACGCGAGCAGCAUGCAAACGCGGCGUUGAAGGUCGACGCUGUCAGAGUUCAGCCUGUGCUGGCGCGGGUCGCUUACCGUAUGACGAGGUCCUGGACAUUUACCCUAGUGUACAUCACCGCUCCAGUGAUGUGCAUCCAGUUCGGUUCUGGAGUGAUUGCCGGUGCCUCUGCGCGUCUCGACGACCUUGCUGAAGCGCUUGAAGAGCAGACGAGACCGGCCCCCACAUGGAACCCGGCUCCCCUAAGAACCUAG